AUGAUGGUAGGUUUAAUUUGGAUUGGUUUAUUAUCGACGAUAAGAGUAGUUCUUGGUAGUGAACUAUCGAUAUAUGCUCAAGAAAUUGUAGGUGAUAGUAGGAGAAUACCGUUGGCUGUAAUUGAUUAUGAUAUUGAAACUAGGGACCUUAAAGUGAUUGAAAAUAAUGACGAUAUUGUUAGUGGUAAACGCUAUUGUAUUUCGGGAGAUAAUGGAGAUUGUUUUAGUUAUAUGAGUAUGACUAAACCUUUCCAUUAUAAUUUAAUUAUAGAUAUACAUGACAAUAAGAUAUCCAAACUUUCAUUAGCUCCAAAUACAGAUGUCGAUGGCAUUGUUCCUUUAAUAAGAGAACCUAUUAUUGGUGAGGAAGCUACUGUAUCCAAAUUGAAAAAAACUACAAAGACUUAUAAACAAGUAAGAGAUGAAAGACAGAGUGUCAAUGAGCAAAGUUCACACGAUACAGCUGAAGAGGAUGAAGAAGAUAAUAGAUCAUGGUUAAUUAAGAACUGGAGACAGGUUUUGAUCGGUUUAUUAAUUUACAACUUUAUAGUUGGUUUUCUUCAAAAGAAGGAAAAGGAGCAAAAAGCCAACGAGAAGAGUGAUUGA